CAGCCCGCCUCUAUGAUUUUUCAUUUAACAUUUCCAUUUUUUUUGAACUUCACUUGAUCAUAUCUAACUGGGAAACGAAUCCUAUAAAACGUAAAAAAAUUUCAUCUAGUUUGCUUUCUUCUAUUAUAACUGCCGGAAAUUCUAAAUCACAUUUAACCGAUCGAUGCAUAUCAAAUAAUAAUGUACAAACUAUAAAUGAGAUUGAGCCAUCCUCGAUGGAUGAAAAGAUUACAAUAUCUUUAACCGAUAACUUAUGUGAAACGUUUGAACAAUAUCCAAAGCAAUGCUUAUCUGUCAAUAAUAUACAAGAAAUUGAGUCAGCUGAUACUUUACGCGAUUCUUCUGUGAUAGAUUCAAAUGAUGAUGCUAAUUCCAUAAAAAAAAUUGAAUCAUUGACGGUUAAUCAGAAUGAUUCACUUCAAGAUAUUUUAUAUGAUGACGAAAUAGAUUACGCCAAAAAUAAUGGCCCUCAAGAAUCUUCAAC